CCGCGGCGCGCGACGCCACCGCAUCGCACCCGCGCUCGCUGUCGCCCGCGUAAACACGCCACGAUACGCGCUCACACAAUCACAUGUUCACGUGCUGUGCCAAAUAUUGUGACCAGUUAACUUAGUGAAGUGAAGUGACCCACGCUGUGCCAUCCCAGUAAGCUCCACCGGUAUUUGCUCCGUCGCAGCCCAUCUGUUCAAAUACGGCUGAUUUGUUUAAGUUUACUAUUGAUGGAUUGGAAAGAGGUUCAACGACAUCGUACUUAGUGUUUGAUGUGCUGAGGAAUUCGUUUCACGUAUUUCGAAAACAAAUAGAAGUUUAGAAAACAAUGGUUAUAUGAGAGGGCCUCGAGUGGCAUUGCUUGCUUAGGUGCUCGUUGUGACAGGUGGAGCGGAGUUCUUAUUGUCUGUCAAAUAAGAAUAUUUAUUGGAAAACGAAGAUUUAUAAGCUGUGAUAGUUAUGGCGUAGUACGGUGGAACAACAUGUCAGGGAGUGACCAGGAGGGAAAGUGGAGCGACCAGUAGAGAUGCGCUCCAAGCAGCAACCGCGCCCGUCCUACCGUUGGCUCAACACGAACGAAAACGAGGAAGCCAACAGUCCAGAAAGCGGAGUGAAGGAGCGUGGUGACCGGGGGGAGAGGCAGGAGGGCGGGGAGGGCGAAGCUUCAGGCUCCGCGUCCCCUGCAUCCCGCACCUCCCCCGCGCCCGACGAACGAGACGACAUUGAGCAUAGCAUACCAGCUACCUUGAUACAGGAUCCUAAUGCUGAAAGGGAGAGCCCGAGGUGUCUGUCGCGAGAGUCGUCGGGCGCGCCGCGCUGUCCCUCCAAUGACUCGGUGUACUCGAGCCGCAGCGGCGCGGGGCUGCCCCUGCCGGCCGCGCUCACCGCCGCCCUGCCCGCCGCGCUCCUGCCCCCGCACUCCGCCGCAGUCGCCGCCUACCUCGGCGCCGCAGCAGCCGCAGCCGCCCAGCAGCGCCUCCUCAUGUCCUGCCAGGAGGACAUGACUGACUCCGAAAGAGGUGACGCCGUACUCGACUUCAGCACGAAACGCAGCGAAUCGCCGCACGAUGACGAAGAAAACGACGACGCCGUCAAUCUCAGUAAGAAUGAGAAUGGUCCACUAGACCUGUCUGUAGGGACAAGAAAACGUGGCCCUGAGGACUCGCCAUCGCCUGUCCCAUCUAGAAAAAGUUCUAGGCCUUCUGAGUUUAAACACUCUCCUUCCCCUUGGUCCACGCCCGUAGCGCCGCACCUGCCAUAUUUCGCGGCUGCGGUCGCUGCAGCUAGUCUGUCACCUAAGGGAGGCGUUCCAUCUGAUUGGAACGGCAAGCUAAAACAUGGAGGUCCGACACCCAGCGACGCCACAAAAGCUUUGGAAAAGAUGAGCGAGUUGAGUAGGUUAGGCGGUGAGGAAUUAUUCCGAUCAGUACAAAGUGCUGCGUUAGGUGCUGGUCUAGCUCCUAACGCGGCCGCGCGUCACUCAGCCUGGCAAUCCCACUGGUUGAAUAAAGGCGCCGACCAAACUAAAGAUGUCCUUAAAUGCGUGUGGUGUAAGAAGAGUUUUAACUCACUCGCUGACUUGACAGUGCACAUGAAAGAAGCUAAGCACUGUGGGGUCAAUGUGCCCGUGCCACCGUCUUCAGGGGCUCCUAUUCCGCCCUCUCUUCAGCCACCGUCUAGUUCACCAUCCACACCGUCUCACAACUCCUGCUCUUCGAGCGGUUCUUCUAAACCGAGCCAGAAUGACUUAAACAUGCUCAUCAAAGAGAACAUGCCAAUUCCUAGAAAACUAGUUCGCGGCCAAGAUGUGUGGUUAGGCAAAGGCGCAGAGCAAACUAGACAAAUAUUGAAAUGUAUGUGGUGUGCAGAAAGCUUCCGCUCACUCGCUGAAAUGACAAGCCAUAUGCAGCGAACUCAGCACUAUACCAACAUCAUAUCCCAGGAACAGAUCAUUUCCUGGAAAUCUUCCGAUGACGCCAAUAAGGGAGGGUCCAACUCCAGUGGUGGGCCGGGUGCUAACAACGCGGCACCGCCCACCACUGGUACCAGUAGUCAUGUUAGUGCUGUAUUAACUUGUAAAGUUUGCGACCAAGCAUUUAGUUCCUUGAAAGAGUUGAGUAAUCAUAUGGUUAAAAAUUCUCACUAUAAAGAACAUAUUAUGCGAUCUAUAACUGAAAGUGGAGGCAGGAGACGUCAGACGCGUGAAAAGCGAAAGAAGUCGCUGCCUGUUAGAAAACUACUUGAAUUAGAGAGAGCACAGCACGAAUUCAAAAACGGUGAAGGAAAUGGUGUACCCAUGGGUAAACCAAUCAGAGAUUUUGGUGCUGGAAGCCGAAUCACCUGCGAAAAAUGUGGUGACAAAAUCGAGACUGCAGUAUUCGUCGAGCACAUACGACAAUGUAUUGGCGCGCCGAUGUCAAAUAGCCAAAGGAACUUUUUGAAGAGCGCGCUGUUAUCUAACAACAUCAUCCCACCUGAUGUCCCUGGCCACAUCACACCCACCGGCCGGGACGGGCGUAAGAGCAUCAAUGAGGAGCUGCCGUCUCCCGGCUCUGCUCACCAUCGCUCCCCAUCCUCCGUGAACGAUUCCUCCCCGAGUUCCAAAGACCCAAACGCGAGUAAUGAAAAAAGCUCGUCGCCUUCGGUUCUCAAUGCCAUAGAACAAUUGAUAGAAAAGAGUUUCGAUACCCGAUCGCGGCACACCGUGCCUGGCAUGCCUGGCGGCGCCUCACAUGCACCUAUCGGGUCUAGCAUCCUAAAGAGAUUAGGCAUAGAUGAGAGCGUAGACUAUACCAAACCACUGGUAGAUCCACAAACUAUGAAUAUGUUGAGGAAUUACCAUCACCAGCAAGGAUACGGGCGGCGCGAGCGCAGCGGGAGCGAGUCCAGCUCCAUGUCCGAGCGAGGCGGCAGUAGAGUAGAAUCCUUGACUCCCGAUAGGAAACUAGACACGUAUCACAUGACUCCUCGCACUACGCCUGAUACGCGCGGUUCUCAAACUCCAGCUUCCGAGGAUCGUCCGACUGAAGUGCGAAUAAAGAGAGAGGUCGAGGAAGAGGAACGCGAAAACGGGGUCGAUUUGAGCAGCCAGCCAGUGCGAGUGAAGACUGAAGUAGAUGAAGAUGAAGAACCACCGCGGCCGAGCAGCACUGCUGAGGAGGACGUGAAGCCUGUUGUGGCCAAGCGCGAGAGCGAGGGACCCAGUCCCGCUGCUAGCCCACGCAGCCCAGCCAGCGACCGCUCUGGUAACACUCCUGGCGCUGAACGAAAGCCAGCAUCCAGCCUGGGUGCUCUGUCCUCUAUGUUCGAUAACCUAGCUGGGGGUGGAUCUUCUGGCGAACCGAGCUCGUCGCGUCGCGGCGGUAGUCACCCUUUAGCGGCGCUGCAGAAGCUCUGCGACAAGACAGAAUCUAAUCCCUCCCGAGCGCCGGCCCCCGCGCCCUCGCCCGCCGGCCCGCCAAGCAUCCUCACCUUCAGCUGGGCGUGCAACGACGCUGUCGUCACCGACUCCAUCAUGAAGUGCGCUCUGUGCGACACGCCUUUCAUAUCCAAGGGCGCGUAUCGGCACCACCUGUCGAAAAUGCACUUCGUGAAGGACGGCGCGCUGCCGGAGCCGGUGCCUCUGAAAGCGCCAGCCGGGGCGGCCUCCCCGGGGCACAAGGCGGGCUCCACGGCCGCGUCGCCGCAGGACCCGCGCAGCCCCUCGCAGUCGUUCGACGAGAGCCCGCACUCCAAGUUCCUCAAGUACACGGAACUGGCCAAGCAGCUCUCCAGUAAGUACGUGUAGGCUGCACUCAGCCGGCAGUUGUGAUCAUACCAUAUCUUGCUACGUUAAACCUUGCUAGAGUUAGGUCGCAGCCGCGACGCUAAGUAUUUCGAAACUCUUUGCCAAUUUAAUUAUUUAGGUAAUUAUUGUUAGAUUUCACCGCAUAGAUCGGUUAGUGUAAUAAAUUAAUAGCGACUUAAGUAUACGCCAAACGUCUUACGUUCGUUUUAGGUAUUAAGAGAAUAUUUUCAAAAUAUUGCCUUUAGGUGAUCGGUUGUUGUAAGGGCGCCAGAGCCCGUGGCUUAUCUUCCACACUACGUUAUAAUUCCAUUUCGAUAAAUGUAAAUAUAAGUCACAUUAAGUCAUAAAAAAUACGAUUCGAUCUCUUUUGUAAAUGUAUAUUUUUUGCUAAUUAAUUCUUUGAAAAAGGUAAAUCGUGGAAAUUAAUUUUCGUUGAUUGCAAUUCGCCUUCGCAUGUGAUUCGUCUAUCGUAUUAGUCGCGUAGUGGCGUUGACUUUCAGUAUUUUAACAGAAAAUUCGUUGCAAUAUCAUUUUUUGUGUUACUUAAUUUUUUUUGUAAAUCAGAGUUAGGGUUAACGUGUUUAGUUUAUGUAUAUUUUGAUGAUUUUCUUGUUUUUGGUGAAUUUAAGAGAUCCGUCGAUGCGUAUAAUCUCGGAGAUUCAAUCUCAUUCGUUUCUGUUCGUAUUGUACAUACAAUUCGACAUAGAAUGCAAUAUAACAAUCUCCUUAGUGUAAAUUUUGCUAUAGGUAUGGUCUCCACGCGAGGAUGCUAUUUAUUAUUUAGUGAUAAGUACAUAGUAUUAGGUAAACUACAUCUGUGAACAAUUGUAUACCAAUAUACCAGCGCAUUAAUCGGUUGAACAAUCAACCUAUAUUUAAAAGUGAUACAUAUACAUUUUUUUUCGUUGAAAGGAAUGAUAACAUUCGUAUACGUUUAGAACAUAAAGGUAUACCAGAUAUAUCUUCCAAUUUGUAACUACAGAUAUACGACGAUGUAUAUACGGCACUUGAGAGUCAAGAACCUCUUUUAUAUUUAAUAAAAAUAUUGUAAACUGUCUAAUGUAAGUUUCAGACGAUAUCAACUAAAAUCUUUGAUUGUGAACUGAAUAUUCGUGACGUGAAUUCCAUUUACCCCCUGAUGUAUACGACAUUUCUAAUGGAAUAUACAAUUUUAAAAUUAUUAUUUCGAAUUUUAUUUUUUGAUGUUUUAAUAAAUUAUACAUUAUAUUUUUCAAAGUUACGAAUAUUCAGCUAAUGAUGAUUAAAAUCGAUUAAAAUUUGAAAUCGUAAAAAUCUAUCAUUUUAACGAUAAUAAUGAAACAUACGACAAAUAUUAUGUAUACGCUAGCUCUGAUGAGAGAUUUUUGCUCAUUCUUAAGAAAAAAAAGUAAAAAAACGUGGUGUUGAAAUAUUGAUUUUACCAAAUUUAAUAAUCUUAUUUAAUAUUUUAUGUUGUAUUUCAAAAUGCAAUUAAAAGCUCAAAGAAAUAUAUAUGUUACAUACUUUAAA